AGAAAGGUCAAGACAGUAGUAGCAAUAUAUAAGAGGUCGAGUGGCAGGAAACGAAGAUUGACGCAAAGAGGAUAUUAUCUUUCGAUGAAAUGGGAGAUCUAUAUGCCUUGGAUUUCGACGGAGUUCUCUGUGAUAGCUGCGGUGAAAGCUCUCUCUCCGCUGUCAAGGCUGCUAAAGUGAGAUGGCCUGUUUUAUUCGAUACGGUGGAUUCAACUUUGCAGGACUGGAUUGUUGAUCAGAUGCACAUUGUGCGACCUGUGGUGGAAACUGGAUAUGAAAAUCUGUUGCUUGCAAGGCUGCUGCUGGAGAUGAGAAUCCCUUCUAUUCGGAAAUCCUCGGUUGCAGAGGGACUUACGGUUGAUGGGAUAUUGGAGAACUGGUCAAAGAUAAAGCCUGUCAUUAUGGAAGAAUGGGCUGAGAAUAGAGAUGCUCUGAUAGAACUCUUUGGAAAGGUCAGGGAUGAAUGGAUGGAUAAUGACUUGGCAACAUGGAUUGGAGCGAACAGAUUCUAUCCCGGUGUUCCUGAUGCUUUGAAAUUUGCAAGCUCAAGUAUAUAUAUAGUCACCACAAAACAGAGCCGGUUUGCAGAUGCUUUACUACAAGAGCUCGCGGGACUGAAAAUCCCACCAGAAAGAAUAUAUGGUCUCGGAACUGGUCCCAAGGUGGAAGUGCUGAAGCAACUUCAAAGGAAACCGGAGCACCAGGGGUUGAAACUACACUUUGUGGAAGAUCGACUUGCAACCCUGAAGAAUGUAAUUAAAGAUCCUGAAUUAGAUGGGUGGAACUUGUACUUAGGGGAUUGGGGAUACAACACUCAUCAAGAGAGAGGGGAAGCAGCAAGCAUUCCCAGGAUUACCCUUCUUCAGCUCACCGACUUCAGUAAAAAGCUCAAGUAAUCAUGGACUUUAGCCAAAUAAGUAAGAUUUGUUUUUGUCAUGCUUGAGUUGAUUACCACGACAAAACCAGGAAAUCUCUCAUUUCAUACCAGUUUGAAUCUUCAUGAAUAAAGCACGGUCAAACUUGUGAUUUGUAUGCCUUAAUUCAAUUAUUCAGGUCAUAACUGAGUUGUUUUCGAUGAUCAAGUUGCCACUUGUAAAAUGGUAGAAAUUAAGGAAUUGAACGCUUCCAUUCCAUGUAA